AUAAGCGAUAAGUGGUGCGGCAACGUGGUCUCGGCUAAACCAGUGUGGACUCGAUAGUGGACAGUGAGUGACUAGUGGAUUUACCAUCUAAUUAUUACAAUUGUAGUGCGUGUUAAGUGGUCAUAUGACAGAAUCAAAAAUCGAUAAAUAUUUUACACCAGUAAAUAGGUCAUUCAAACGACAGAGAUCUUAUUCGUCGCCGGAGUGUGCAGACGACGUCGAGACGGUAACGGCCAACAUGGGCAGCGAAGAAAAGGUAGGCGAUAUUACACGAUCCCAACUUCUGAAGGACUUGGGCCAGUUGCUUGAUAGUAAAUUAGAAAAUAUGGCAACCAAAAAGGAGUUCUCUCAACUCACGGGGCAAGUGUCGGAGUUACAAAAGGAGAAUAUUGUACUAAGGAAACAAAUAGAGGACUUACAACAGAGAGAGAGUGUGGUUAUGUCUAGGUUAGUCGAUCUUGAAGGAAGAUCUAGGCGUAACAACCUCAUAUUUAGGGGGUUGAAGUGGUCCAAGGAAACUCGUAACUUCAAUGAAAUCGUGCGAAAGUUUUGCAACGAUGUUUUCGGGAGUGCGGAUACUAUAUUUGUAAAUAGAGCCCACCCUCUAGGGGGAAGUAACAAUGCAAUCAUUGCACACCUACCAAAUGACGCCGACAUCUACUAUAUUAUGUCACGUGUAAGAGAGUUAAAAGGCACCGGUUAUUCAGUGCAUAGAGACUAUCCUAAAGAAGUGCGUGAAAAACGAGCAUGUCUGUCAAAGCUUAGAGACGAAAUUGAAAGUGUGGCGGGGAAACAAAAGAAUAAGAUAUCAUUAUAUUUCGACCAUAUGACUUUCAAAGGACAUCGGUUCACAUGGGAGGGAGGUGAACUAAAGGCAGGCAACCAGGAUGGUGCUCAAUUGUUGCAGACACUCUUCAAACGUGAUUUUUCAGACUUCUUACGUGAUCUUAAAGUACCCAGAUCUACAGUAGUGAUGGACAUGUCAACAGAGAGGACAACAGCUUCAACAACGCAGGGGUCGGCGAGUGCUACGGGUACGUCGAAGAACGUGUCAGUUUCAACACCUACGCAGUCGCCUCGCGUUUCCAACCACGACAAUGAGUGAGGAGGUGACGCCAAUCCAUCUACAGAGGGACUAACUCCAAACCACAACCCAACGACGACCGGGCUUACUCAAUUCAAGGUUUUAUCUUAUAACGUUUGUGGAUUAAAAAAUAAGGUGAUAUCAGGGAGUAUUGGUUUGGAAAACGAAG